AAACUCAUUCCAAAAACCUUCAAUAUUUGUUUCUUUGUUAAAUAGCUUCAAAAUUUGCUUAGGGUUGAAGGUAGAUUCAUCGCUGAGUCUGAUCCGUCAUCAUGGAUCUCAAUCCGCCAUCAGGAGAAAAUUAUGCGAACCCAAGGAUAUGCUUCUUUCAUGUGCUCUUCAAGGCUGGAGCUUUGGCUUUUUAUAUACUAUCAGCCCUGUUUUUCGAUAGUUUCGUCAUAAUCUUUGUGGUGACAGUUCUUCUGGCUGCUCUUGAUUUUUGGGUAGUGAAAAAUGUAAGUGGUCGAAUUUUAGUCGGUUUAAGGUGGUGGAAUGAAAUUGAUGACAACGGUGAGAGUGUGUGGAAAUUUGAAUGUCUAGACCAAGAGUCAUUGGCUCGGAUGAACAAAAAGGAUUCAUGGCUGUUCUGGUGGACUCUUUACUUGACUGCGGUUGUGUGGAUAUUCUUUGGAAUAUUCUCUCUGAUAAGGUUCCAAGCUGAUUAUCUUCUUGUUGUUGGAGUUUGCUUGACUCUCAGUAUUGCAAACAUUGUGGGCUUUACGAAAUGCCGCAAAGAUGCAAAGAAGCAGAUCCAACAAUUUGCCUCCCAGACUAUCGCAAACCGGUUUUCUUCGACUAUACAGUCUGCAUUUAGCGUCGUGUGAUUUUGAUACAAAAAGAACUUGGUCUGUUCUUGUACUUGAUAUACUAUAUAUGAAACAGAUUCGAACUGGUAACAGUGUUAGAUAAAAUUAGUCAAAACUCAAACUUGUUUUUGUAUGAUUUGAGAUGUGAAUUAUUCAUUUAAUUGUUCUGAA